GUACUCGGUAUGAAUUGCAAAGUUUUUAUGGGUUGUCAUGGUGUUAUAUGAUCAUAUUUCGAUAUAUAAAUGUCGAUAGUAGAUGCAUGUGUGUGAAUAUUGGUUUAUUCGGAGUAUAUCUUUUCAUAAAACAAAAGUGAUGAUGAUAUACCUUUUAUAUUUAUUUUUUUUCUCACAAAAGGGAGCACUCGAAUCCUUGCAGCUAGAAUGGCAUCACUGGCACCAGGUCAGCGCUAUGACUUGGUUGUAUUUGGCGCAACUGGGUUCACUGGACAGUAUGUUGUUGAGGAGGUAGCAAGGGUGGCAGAGAAAGAGAGGACAGAGAGGAAGACACCCCUUACCUGGGCCAUAGCAGGGCGGUCUGAGAAGAAAUUGCAGUGGUCUCUUGCGGAAGCACAGAAGGAAUUGGGUUUGAGCUUGGAUGAUGUCGGCAUUAUCUUGGCUGAUGUUAAAGACAACGAAUCCCUGAAAGAGAUGGCUGCAAAGUCAUCAGUUGUUAUCAACUGUGUUGGUCCAUAUCAGUUAUUUGGUGAGCCAGUUAUACAAGCAUGCAUAGAAAAUGGGGCAAGUCAUGUGGACAUCUCAGGAGAACCUCAGUUUCUGGAGGGCAUGCAAGCAAAAUACCACAAAGCAGCUGAGGAAGCAGGGGUCCAUAUUGUUGGUGCCUGUGGAUAUGAUUCUAUACCUGCUGAAAUGGGGCUAGUGCAUAUGAUCAAGAACUUCAAAGGAGAACUUAAUUCAGCAGAGAUGUUUGUUAGAACUAAGAGCUCCAAAACUACAUCAAUACAUACCGGAACAAUGGAAUCUGCUGCUCUAGCUGUUGCUAACCGAAAUGAAAUUGCAAGAAUACGCAGAGAGCUUUUCCCGACUCCUCUGCCGAAGCCCAAACACAAGGUUAAGAAGAAGGGAGUGCUUCACAAGAAUGAUGAAUUGGGACUGUGGGGAGUGCCACUGCCAACAGAUGAGCCUGUUGUGUACCGUACACAGAGGUACCGUUAUGAAGUACUUGGUCAACGGCCUUUGCAGUUCCAGCAGUUCCUAGGUGUACGCAGUUCCUUCCAAGGAGUGGGACUUCUCUUAGGCAUGGCAUACUUUACUUUCCUCUGUUUCUUCAGCUGGACCAGGAAGCUACUUUUAAAGUACCCUGAAGUUAUGACAGCAGGAGUAUUCAGCCGUGCAGGAUCAGACCGUGAGUCACUGAAAGCUCUUAGAUUCACAGCCACUCUAGUAGGCCAUGGCUGGUCGCAAUCACUACUGGAUGGAUCAGACCAGCAUUCAGAGCCUCCAAAUGCUUCAAUUAAAGUUAAGGUAUCGGGACCAGACCCAGGUUAUGGGGCAACGUCGCUCAUGAUGGUUGCUUGUGCCAUGACCAUUUUGCGGGAGAAGACUUCCAUUCCGGGCAAAGGUGGAGUUUUGACUCCAGGAGUUGCCUUCAUGAACACAGACCUUAUCAAGCGUAUAGAAGACCAAGGUAUGACUGUUGAAGUUGUAGAGUGAGUCAGGUGGAUGGAAAAGGGAAAUGUUUGUGCCAGUUUUGUUUUGAUACCGCAGGGUUAGGAUUUUCUUUAUUUUAUUUGUGUGGCAAAUUGACUCGAUAAGAUGGAACUUCUCAUUCGUAUUUUGUGGAAAGCUUUUAACCUCAUGGUGGUUGAGAGGUUUGCUUCCCUAGUCUGAGCAUUCAUUCCUUUCUCUAUCACUUGAGGAAUUUACCAAAAGCCAAGCUCCCUUGAAAGUUCAAAACUAAAAGUCUAAACUGUACAGAUUUUGAUCCCUCAGGCAUGAUUUUGAUUUGGAGAGACAUGGAUAGAAUCCAAGACAUGUAGUGGAGUAUGAAAUAUUGUAGUUAACAUUUAUCUGGUUUUAGUUUGUGAUCCAUCAGACCUUGUUACUUUUUUAUUAAUCACUGGCUGUCAACUAUAUAUCUUGCCAUUUUUUAAGCUUAUAGGUAUUCUAAAAUAACAAGCAGAAGGUGUCACUGACUAUACAGUACAGAAAUGCUGAAGACUUGCAAAUUUAGGGACUUCACUCUCUAAGCUAUCUGAAAACAAGUCUUUGACACCAAGAUAUAUGCAAUAGUCAAAACAACAGGUUGGCAUGCAUCUAUAGAAUAGAAUGCAUCUAUAGACAAUGCCUGUAUCUACACAGAGGAAAACCACUACCAUAAAUGCUUAUUGAAAGUUAGAUGCUUAUUGGAAGUUAAUUAUUGGAUUGGUAUGUUUUAAUAUCCUAGGAAUUAUUCACUCAGGUGCAGUUUUUUUUAUGGAAUGCCAUUAGUUUAAUGGGAUAAUAGGGAAAAGGAAGUAAAAUGUCAUUGAAUUGUAAAUGUAAUCUGGAUGUCCAUUUUUUAAUGUUUAUGAUACAGAAAUGCUUUUUUUCCUUAAUUAGUCUUUAUUCAAUGUAUGAAGGUAGAGGCAAAGGGGAAUGCUCAGUUUACACCAGAAAUAUGUAGAAAAGAAGAAAAGAAAUGUCCAUAGUAAGAAGCUGUUAGAAAAAAAAAAAAUAUGUUUUUCUUUGCUUUUUGGGGGUUUUAAUUUAAGGGUAUUUUUUAAAACUUUUUCCAUUGUCUCUCAUAGUCAAAUGAAUAAUGUAAGUACAUUCAUGUGCAUAAACUGAUCAAUGCAAACUGUACCAGAGCAAUUGUUGCAAGACUUUAAGAUUGUUUCCAGUGUUGUAAGCAAAGGACAAAAAUAUUUUUUGGCAAGCGAAAAUGUAAAAUGUGGAACUGAAAUAUAUGUAUGGAACAACUAA